AUGGAUGGCGCCACGCUCCCCAACAUGCACCCCGAGAGCGUUGUCGAUCUCAUCGUAGGCAUCGCUGCACUGCAGCGAAUUGCAGAGAGCCCCGAAGAACCCACCGAAGACGACAUUGAGACGUGCACUCACCUCAUCACUCGCAUUCAGGAAAUGAUCCUCGGCCUGCAGGUGUGCAAGGACUUUAUCGACGAGUCACUCGAGGAGAAGCAGCAGCAACAGCUGAUGACCGCCGCUAGAGAUCGAGGAACCGGGGUCCAGGAAGACGACGAGCUAGGCAGUCUGCACCAAAAGAAGGACACCGUGGAAGGGUUGAUCAAGGAACUGUACAAGAUGAGAACAGCCGCCAUUGCAGCAGCUGGUGACGCAGAUGACGUGGAUGAUGCAGACGACGAGGAUGGUGGAGACGACAACGCCGCAGUUGUCUUCGCUUGCACUCGCUGCAACGCGCGCCACGGCAGACUGGCAACACACCGUCAGCAUCUGCGAAUGCGUCACCCGGGUUUGAGCUGCCGUCACCCCAUGUGUGGCACGUCUUUUGCCACCGAGGCAGAGAUGUUGACCCAGCUGAACUCAGCCCACAUUCGACCCAUCCCCGUCUCCAUCGACGAAGAGAACCGAUUCGCUUGCUCUUGGCAGGGAUGUGACAAGACCUUCACACGCUUCUCAAGCGUCCAACGGUGCGUGAUGUAUCAUCAGACAGCUGCAUAG